GGGAGAGACAGAGGGAGGAGAGGGAGAGACAGAGGGAGGAGAGGGAGAGACAGAGGGAGAGACAGAGGGAGAGACAGAGGGAGGGGAAGGAGUAUCAGCAGAGCUGCUUUCAGACACGGCCACCCCAGACAUCGCCAGCCGAGUACAGAGCAGUCCAGGGGAGGAUGAGGCGAUCUCAGAGUCGCCCGCAGGGAGAGGUGAGAUGAUGCAGACUCCUGAGAGCCUCAAAGCCCCAAGAAGCCCAUCCUCUUCAAACAGCACGGCCUAUAAGUCCCCCACUGACAUAGAGAGAGACACCCCGGAGGACACCCCUAGCUCAGGGACACCUCCGUCAGUCCAGCGAGCGCUGCUCACCAAGCGUGUCUCCCAGGACCCUGACCCGGUCUGGGUUCUCAACCUGCUGAAGAAGCUGGAGAAACAGUUUAUGACCCACUAUGUCGACGCCAUGGCUGAGUUCAAGGUGCGUUGGGACCUAGACAACAAUGUGAUGUUGGACACUAUGAUCACGGAGCUGAGAGACGAGGUGAAGAAGAGGAUCCAGACGAGCAUUGAUCGUGAGCUGAGGAAGAUCCGGGGUCGUGCAGGGCGGGGGGGCGUGCCGCGCCCCCCUAUCCUGUCCCGCGAUUCAACCAUUACAGACCAGAGGAGGCGGAGGCUAAAGGUCAUGAAGGUUCAGUCAGUGAACAAGAGUGACGAGGAGCAGGGUUCGGGGGCGGAUGUUAGUGACCAGCGCAGCGAGGGUGAGGAUGAGUACUGUCCCUGCGACGCCUGCAUACGGAAGAAGGCAGAUGUCCAACAAAUCAAAAUGGAAGCUGUGGUCGCCACAGCGCCGGUGAUGAUGGCGUUUGAUCUGCAGAAGAUCCUGCUGAUGAAGAAAGACCCAAAGCCUCUUGCGCCCUCUAGACCCACGGAGGGGUUGAACAAUGAUCGCCUGGAAUUGGAGGAGAAGAAAGAGGAAGAAGAGGGUGUGAAUCCAGAGGUGGUACACAAAGACGAGGAAGAGGAGGAGACCAAGGAGGAUAUUAUACCAACUGUUGUCAUAGAGGAAGCUAUCCCUGAGGAGGAAGAGGAAGGAGUGACUGAGGGAGAGGAGGAAGUACAGGAGAGUGAUGGAGCUGAGUCUGUGAUGGGGGAAGUAGAGGAGGAGAUAGAGACUGAAGAACAGGAGGAUGGAGCGGUGGAGGGAACAGAGGAUGAGGAGGAGGAGGAAGGAGAGAUGGGAGGUGAAAUUUCAGGAGAAGAUGGCGUGGAUGCGGAGGAGACUGGAGAGGGGAGGAGUUAGUAGAAGGGGAGCAGGAAGGAGCAGGGAACGCUGAAGCAGUGCAGGAGGAUCAAGCAGGAGGAGAUGAAAACACUGUUGAUGGACCAGCAGAGGGGGAUGA